AUGGCCAAGGAGAGCUUUGACGUAGUUGUGGUUGGUGCAGGAUGGUACGGACUGAUAGCCGCCCGAACGUACUUGGAGCUUGCCCCAGAUACCAAUCUGCUUCUGAUAGACGACGGCAAAACGAUCGGUGGUGUCUGGAGCAAGGAGCGUAUCUAUCCCGAUCUCUUUGCUCAGGUCGGCCAUGGGCUUUUUGAAUACUCUUUCUAUCCCAUGCCCAAGGAGGGAAUCACCAAAGACCGCUACAUCUCUGGAGAGACUAUUCACAAGUAUCUCAAUGAUUUUGCCCGAGACUAUGGACUGCGCGACAGAUGCCGGCUCAACACCAGAGUCACCAAGGUGGAAUCUCUUGCGCACGGCAAACUCAGAUGGCGAUUGAGCGUCAAAAGCGGAGACACGACAUAUAUGAUUGACGCAUCCAAAGUCAUCCAGGCCAGCGGUGUAACUUCCGAGAAAUACGUCCCGGACUUCCCUCAAAAGGACUUCUCCAAACCAAUCAUCCACUCUGGACGACUGGGGAUUGAGGCAGAGCAGAUCAACACACCACAGACACAAAGAGUGGUUGUUCUCGGGGCUGCCAAGUCGGCUUAUGACACCGUCUUCCAUCUUCUCAAACACGGAAAGAAAGUCGACUGGAUCAUUCGAGAAGAUGGGACAGGCCCAUUGGCAAUUUCUCCUCCGACGCAAGUAUUCGGUCUCUUCAACAGUGUAGAUCUUAUGGGUACCCGAGCUCUGGGUGUCCUCAGUCCAGCGAUUUUGCAGGCCGAGGGCUUCUGGUACUGGUUCUUGCAAAGGUCGUCAUUGGGUCGGACUAUCACACAUGCCUUUUGGAGAUACUUGACCUGGACCGCCGAGAUUGCGGCUGGCUACGACAAGACUGAAAACAUGAAGAAGCUCGAGCCAGUGCCUUUCAAAUACGGCAUUUUCUGGGCCAACUCUGGACUCGGUUUGGCCAGUGUUCCAAACUUUUGGAAAGUGCUUCACGAAGGCGAUCUCACUGUGCACCGAACAUCAAUCGCCUCGUUCGUCGAUGAAAAAGUGGUCCUGAAGAACGGAGAAAAAAUUGCCGCCGACUUUGUCAUCCUCUGCACAGGCUGGAAAGACAAUCUGUCCGUCUACGACCAAAAUCUCCGUUUGACACUGGGCCUUCCCUCCAAGAUCCCCGAGGAUCCAUCUUGGAAGAAACUCGACGCCCAAGCCGAUACAACCGUUGACGAACUCCUGCCCAAUCUCGUCUCCAUCCCUCAUCAAACCUAUGAAAAUCCGUCCAACCGCGAACAUCGACCCUGGCGACUCUACAGACGUCUGGUCUCGCCACAACUCUCUGAGCAAGGCGACAACUCCAUCGUUUUCCUCGGACAGAUCCACUCCGUCUACACACCGCUUGUCGCUGAGAUGCAAUCUCUUUGGAGCUGCGCGUAUCUGCUUGGUCAACUGCCCACGCCAUCGCUUGAGGACAUGAAGAAGGAGGUUGCACUCUGGAAUUCAUGGACUGCCAAGCGAUAUCUCGCACAGGGCAGAAAGCAUGCAUAUUCCAUCUACGAUUAUCUUGCGUACGUCGAUUCACUCGCCCGUGAUCUCGGGAUCAAACCCAACCGCAAAUCAAACCCUAUCUCGGAAAUGUUCUCGACUUAUCGGCCCCGUGACUACAAGGGUAUCUUGGAUGAAUACUGCGCUGCACAGAAGAAACGAACUUCAAUCACAAACGGUGAUGAAAAGAGGGUUCAAUCUAUAAGACAGCCAAUGAAUUCACCUUCAGUCCGGUCGGAAGCUAUGCCGCUCCUCAAUCGACUGUACGCAAAUUUUCAGAAAGCGAAACCGGUCUACACAUUGUUGUUGGCUUGUUUGUUACUCUUGAUUGCGGUGAUUAUCUAG